AUGGCUGACAGCUCUCGAACAGCAUUGAGCCCUUCUGCGGCAAAGCCUUUUUCCCAUGUCGGCUCCCAACAGGUGAAUGUUCCUUUCGGCUCCCAAGAGGUGGCUUUCACACAGAAAGGAGGAGACUGGGAAGGCGUGGAUGGGAAUGAACUGAUCUUUGCCUUGGAUAACGACGAGGAAGAAGCCGUCGCUGAUCCACCGGAAAGCUUCUCCCUGUGCGAAGAUACCGGUCAAGAGGAAGCCCAACAUGCAGGCGCCACCCUCCAUGUGCCGCCCCCUCUCCCCUCUCCUCCCGACUCCGAUUUCCUGCCCGCGGCUCCCCUUUCCAGCUCUCCUAGUUUCCCACCUCUGAGAUCGACCGGGCUCAUAAACCCGCAAGGCCCCAAACCGCUCAUCAACCUCGUGAAGUCCCUCUCGACCGAGAUCGAGUCCCGAGACAGCUCCUCCCUCAAGCCCCAGCCUCUGCUCAGCCUGGUCAAAUCCAUCUCCACCGAGAUCUCCCGCCUGGAGCCCGAGGUGACUCAAUCGAAAUCGGACUCCAAGCUCAACGUCCACCGGUGGCGCCAGAUCACCCAACCCAAGGGCAAGAAUGGGGACUCCAGGACGGCCCCCUCUUCGCCCAGCACGUCCCCUUCGGAUAGCAAAGGCAGCUUCUUCAAGGCCCAGGAAGCCAAGUUUGAAGACACCAAACGGCGGUUUUCGGAGGCCAUGCAAGAACCGCUCAGUAGACUCAGCAAAAUCAUAGGAGACGAGAACAACACUUCUCCGAAACACAAGUCCGCCCCUUCGGGCAACCACGUCCUCGAAUCUUCUUCCAGCCUCCGUAGAGAUCUCUCCGCCUCGGAGGCCAAAAGCGAGGGCCACAGCUAUCAGCCCAGCCGAAGGAGUCAAGGGGAGGAACGCUUGCCCAUGGAACAGAAAUGGGGCCCUUCCUCGAACUGCCAGUACGAGAUCUGCUCCUACGGCGACGUCAUCCAGGUGGUCGAGGUGGCCCAGGAGAAAGGGUCCGGCGAGGGUGACGUGCGGACAAUCCGCCCCCUGGAGGUCUUGUGCCCCGCUCAGCCCCGUAGCACAGUGCCGUGCAAAGCCCUCGCCUGCAUCGCCCUCCUGGCCUACAAUUACUUUGUCCUUCCGCUGCCCCCCUAUGUCUCUGGCCUCCUCCUUGGCUUGGCUUGCGGGUUCAUGUUGGGCUUCCUGAUCAUCCUCCUCUUGGUGCCAAAGCGCUCCCUGUCUCGGCGGAGAAUGCGGCCUCCUUGGGACAAGAUGCCGUCGGAGACACUGAUUCGGCAGCCCCGAGAAUCCAACGUGCUUAAGGGAUGGAUGAACGAGAUGUACUUCUACGAUCCUGAGAUUUAUCACCCAUCGCUGACGCACUCCGUGUUUGUGACCCUGGAAGACUGCUCUCUGAAGCUCUCCUACCCCAAAAGCAAUAUCCCCCGCAGGGCCACCUUUGAGGAAGAGAUCCCGGAGGUGGCUUUCGUGAAUCACCACCAUUACGACCUGCACGGCGCUAAGGUCUUUCUCUUCCCACCCGGGCUGGCUCGGAAGAGGAUGUGGAACAAGAAAUACCCCGUCUGCGUUCUCUUGCCGGAGCCGGACGACCCGGGCAGGAAGAGCUCCGGUGAGCACGACGCCGACCCCCAGAAAGAGAAGAGCGCGAAGAAGAGACAGCCCCCUGGCCAGGAGACCCCUCCGAAGCAGCCCGACGACCCCCGGGAAAGGACUCUUUACCUCUUUGGCAGGACGGGGAGGGAGAAGGAGGAGUGGUUUCAGCACCUCACGAGGGCCUCCCGGGCCAAGGGUCCCGAGCCGCACAACGCCAGUCAAAGCGAAACCCGGGCAGGUACAAACCAGCUCAGCCCAUCGGGGAGAGGGACAAGCAGCAACAGCAGCAGCUGCCGGGGAAGCACGGAAGACCUCCCCUCUUUGUUCAAGCCCAAGGAUCUGGUUGGGAACGUGCGGGAGAAGCUGCUGCUGGACUACCACGCCUACAUGUCCCGGAUCGUCCCGACGGCAAACAGCUCCAGCUCGCCGGGGAGUCCCUGCCCCAGUGCGCCUGGCAGCGGCAGCCUGACUCCCAAAAAGUGUCUUGGAGAGGAGAGCGUCGCCGGCGAACCGCAGACGGCGUGGGCCAACGCACUGCUCGGACGGAUGUUUUGGGACUUCCUGAGGGAGAAAUAUUGGGCGGACCAGGUCUCCGACAAGAUUCAGAAGAAACUGGGCCGAAUCAAGCUGCCCUAUUUUAUGAACGAACUCACGCUCACCGAACUGGACAUGGGGAGCUCUAUCCCGCACAUCAUCGGUGUUUCCAGCCCAACCGUUGACCAUCGAGGGCUCUGGGUGGACAUGGAAGUUACUUACAGCGGGUCCCUGCAGAUGACCCUGGAGACCAAGAUGAACCUCUGCAAGCUGGGGAAGGAAGCCCUGGCCGAGGAGAGCGGGAAGGCGGACCCCGGCGGGGAAGGUGUCAAGCCCCGGUUAGUCCUCCUGGCCGACAGCGAUGCCGAGUCUUCCAGCGCCGGCUCCUCCGACGAGGAAGAUCUUCCCGCCGUGGAGCCUUCAGGAGUCGCCGGAGACAGGAACCUCCCCCCCGGAGCCGAAGGCCACGUCGUCGGCAACAGCACGAGCCGGAAGAUCCUGCGCCUGGUGGACAAGAUCGCCAAGUCCAAGUACUUCCAGAAGGCCACUGAGAACGAGUUCAUCAAGAAGAAGAUCGAGGAGGUCUCCAACACGCCGCUCCUGCUCACCGUGGAGGCCCAGGAGCUGACGGGCACCUUGACGGUCAACAUCCCUCCGCCCCCAACGGACCGAGUCUGGUACAGCUUUAAGAUACCCCCACAGCUGGAUCUGAAGGUCCGCCCAAAACUUGGAGAACGGGAGGUCACCUUCAUCCACGUGACCGAAUGGAUCGAGAAGAAACUCCAGCACGAGUUUCAGAAAAUUUUAGUGAUGCCAAAUAUGGACGACCUCAUCUUACCUCUAAUGCAUUCUGGGUUGGAACCCCUGAUGCCCGCGGAGGAACCCCCAAAGGACUGCCUGGGAGAAUGCGAGAAGAAAUAUUGAGGAGGGACUCCGCCUGCCCGAGACCCUCGACGGGGUUGGCCAAGAUAAUCCAGCAACCAGAUAAUCAGGACCUGGGAUGGAGCGUCACCCGAGAUUCAGCUGUGAUGCUGGGCUCUGACUUGUCAAUCCAUCUCUUCUGCAUUUUCCCCUCCCUCUCCAAGGGGGGGAAAAAGCCCUUCCAUG